GGCGUGCAUAGGUGGGCACACCUGGGCUGAGACUGGGCUUAUAGGGGCGGCGUCACAGGGACGCCAGGGGAAGCAGCAGAACAAGAGCAGAGCCAGCAGAGCAGCAGAGACCACGAGAGAAUGCCGGAGAGCCCAGAAGGAGUGAAGAAUUGCCAGGGGCUGGGAGGCUGGCAGGCCGGCACCCCUGCCUGCCCCAUACCUGGUAAAAGCUCAAUAAAAGCCUGAAAAGCCACGGAGGGCUCCAGGACUCUCCUUUACUGGUCUGCCCGGAUCAUAGAGAUCCUGCUCUGUGCCUUCCUGCCGCUACAACCAGGACUCACAACACAUAACCGUCUCACACCCAUUCUGGUGCAGGCAUCUAAGAUGUAAAUUGCAAGUCAAAGUUUGUGUAAGGGCAGCGUCACGGGGAUGCCAGCAGAAUGAACAGCAGAGAGCAGAACCACGAGAGAGCAGCGGAGAUUGCCAGGGAACCCCGGAGAGUGCAGGUAAAGUGAAGACUUGCUGAGGACUCUAGGACUCUCUUCUCCUUACCUGGUCUGCUGGAUCAGAAACCCUGCUCAGUGUCUUCCUGCCGCUACAGUUUGCACACCAUGAGCAAUAUUGCUUCGCAGGGCUUAAUGUACAGUCUGAGCAAAAAGAGGAAGUCUCCUCUGCUGAAUGUGCAAGAGGAAGCACAAGAAGAUUGUAAGGCCUGUGAGCUGCAAUGACUGCUGUAAGCCAUGAGCCAAUUGCAGAGGCGACAGGAAGACAAGCACACCAACCAGGCUGGGUCCCUCCACCCAGUGGGUGUCACCGCCCAGGCUGAAGGUGUUUGGGGAGAUCAGGCAUUGCUGUCUGGAUGCGCCUCUCUUGGGGGCCAUCAUGUCUUUAACCUCAGCCUACCAGCAUAAGCUGGCCGAGAAGCUCACUAUACUGAAUGAUCGAGGCCAGGGGGUUCUCAUCCGUAUAUAUAACAUCAAGAAGACUUGUUCAGAUCCCAAAUCCAAGCCAUCUUUCUUACUGGAAAAGUCUAUGGAGUCAUCUCUCAAACACAUCAACAAGAAAUUUCCCAACAUAGAUGUCCGCAACAGCACGCAACAAUUAGGGCCCAUACAGCGGGAAAAAACAGAGAUUAUUAGACUCCUGACCAACUACUACCAGUCGUUUGUGGAUGUCAUGGAAUUUCGGGAUCAUGUAUACGAACUGCUCAACACCAUUGAUGCCUGCCAGUGCCAUUUUGAUAUUAAUCUUAACUUUGACUUCACUCGGAGUUACCUGGACCUGAUUGUGACGUACACCUCAGUUAUUUUACUUCUGUCACGGAUUGAGGAUCGAAAAAUACUCAUUGGCACGUACAACUGUGCUCACGAGAUGCUCCACGGGCAUAGCGAUUCCAGUUUUGCCCGUCUGGGUCAGAUGGUCUUGGAGUAUGACCAGCCUCUGAAGAAAUUGACAGAAGAGUUUGGGCCUCACACAAAGGCUGUAAGUGGGGCCCUCCUCUCUCUGCACUUCCUCUUUGUCCGAAGGAACCACGGGGCUGAGCAGUGGCGCAGUGCCCAGCUUCUAAGCCUCACUAGCAGCCCAGCAGCCAUGAUUAACCCUGCUCAUUCAGACACAAUGGCGUGUGAGUACCUGUCUGUGGAAGUGAUGGAGCGUUGGAUUAUCAUUGGGUUUCUUCUUUGUCAUGGGUGCCUCAACUCCAACGCCCAGUGCCAGAAGCUGUGGAAGCUGUGUCUGCAGGGCUCCCUGUACAUCACCCUCAUCCGGGAGGACGUGCUCCAGGUGCACAGGGUCACUGAGGAGCUGUUUAGCAGUUGCAAAGGGUACGGCAAGCGCGUGGCAGAUGUCAAGGAGAGCAAGGAGUAUGUCAUUGCGAACAGCGGCCAGUUUCAUUGUCAGCGGCGGCAGUUUCUGCGGAUGGCAGUGAAGGAGCUGGAGACUGUGCUGACCGAUGAACCAGGGCUGCUGGGUCCCAAGGCCCUGUUUGCUUUCGUGGCCCUGUCCCUCAUUCGUGAUGAGGUCACCUGGCUGGUUCGUCACGCAGAAAAUGUCACUAAGACAAAGACUCCGGAGGACUAUGCUGACUCGAGCAUUGCAGAGCUGCUUUUCUUAUUGGAGGAGAUUAGGGCUCUGGUCCGAAGACACGUCAAAGUGAUCCAGAAGUACCACCUUCAGUACCUGGCCAGAUUCGAUGCCCUUGUGCUCAGUGAUGCCAUUCAAAACCUUUCUGUGUGUCCUGAGGAGGAAUCCAUCAUCAUGUCCUCGUUUGUCAGCACUCUCUCCUCUCUGAAUCCCAAACAAGUUGAUAAUGGAGAGAAAUUUGAAUUCUCUGGAUUGAGGCUGGACUGGUUCCGCCUGCAGGCGUAUACCAGUGUGGCUAAGGCGCCCCUGCACCUGCAUGAGAACCCCGACUUAGCCAAGGCCAUGAACCUCAUCAUCUUUCACUCCCAAAUGCUGGACUCAGUAGAGAAAGUGUUGGUGGAAACUUCAGACCUGUCUACUUUCUGCUUUCACGUCCGUACCUUUGAGAAGAUGUUUGCUAUGACCCUGGAGGAACCUACCAUGCUGCGUUAUGCCAUUGCUUUCCCCCUGAUUUGUGCUCAUUUUGUCCACUGCACUCAUGAGAUGUGCCCAGAGGAGUACCCCCACCUGAAGAACCAUGGCCUUCAUCGCUGCAAUUCCUUCCUGGAGGAGUUGGCCAAGCAGGCCAGCAACUGUGUCCUGGAGAUCUGUGCUGAGCAGCGCAACCUGAGUGAGCAGCUUUUACCUAAGCACUGCGCCACGACCAUCAGCAAGGCCAAGAACAAGAAGACCAUGAAGCACAAGCAGACUCCCAGAAAAGGAGAGCCCGAGAGGGACAAGCCGGGAGCGGAGAGUCACCGGAAGAACCGCGGCGUCGUCACCAACAUGGACAAGCUCCACUUACACCUGACAGAGUUAGCGCUGACAAUGAAUCAUGUGCAAAGCUUCUCUGUGUUCGAACACACUAUCUUCCCUUCGGAGUAUCUCAGCAGCCACCUGGAAGCCAGACUCAACAGAGCCAUCGUGUGGCUGGCUGGCAAUAAUGCCACAACCCAGGAGAUUGCAAGACCUUCUGAGCUGUUGGCAGGAGUCAAGGCCUACAUCAGUUUCAUACAAUCGCUGGCCCAGGUUUUGGGUGCAGAUGUUUCCAGAGUCAUCCGCAAUGCCCUCCUGCAGCAGACGCAGCCUCUGGACUCGAGUGGGGAGCAGACGAUCACCACUCUCUACACAAAUUGGUACCUGGAGAGUCUGCUUAGACAGGCCAGCAGCGGCACCAUCCUCUUCUCCCCAGCCAUGCAGGCCUUCAUCAGCCUCCCCAGGGAGGGGGAGCAGAACUUCAGUGCGGAGGAGUUUUCUGAUGUCUCUGAGAUGCGGGCCCUGGCUGAACUUUUGGGCCCCUACGGCAUGAAGUUCCUGAGUGAAAACCUGAUGUGGCACGUGACCUCCCAGAUUGUGGAACUGAAGAAGCUGGUGGUGGAAAACAUGGAUGUCCUUGUUCAGAUCAGGUCCAACUACAGCAAGGCCGACUUGAUGGCUUCUCUGCUGCCCCAGCUGAUGGGGGCGGAUAAUGUGCUGAAGCGCAUGACCAUCAUUGGUGUCAUCCUCAGCUUUAGGGAAGUGGCCCAAGAGGGACUUCGGGAGGUUUUCUCCUCCCAUUGCCCCUUUCUUAUGGGCCCCAUUGAGUGCCUGAAGGAGUUCGUCACCCCGGACACAGACAUGAAGGUGACCUUGAGUAUCUUUGAGCUGGCAUCCGCCGCAGGAGUGGGCUGUGACAUUGACCCAGCCCUGGUGGCUGCCAUUGCCAAUCUGAAAGCUGAUUCAUCGUCCCGCGAGGAAGACUACAAGGUGGCCUGUCUGCUCCUGGUCUUCGUCGCUGUUUCCCUCCCACUCCUCGCCACUGACCCGUCUUCCUUCUACAGCAUAGAGAGGGAUGGUCACAACAACAAUAUUCACUGCCUGACCAAAGCCAUCAUCCAAGUGUCCGCCGCCCUCUUCACGCUCUACAACAAGAACAUCGAAACUCAUCUUAAGGAAUUUCUGCUGGUGGCCUCUGUCAGCCUCCUGCAACUGGGCCAGGAGACUGACAGGCUCAAAACCAGAAAUCGGGAAUCCAUUUCUCUGCUCAUGCGCCUGGUGGUGGAGGAGUCAUCCUUCCUGACCUUGGACAUGCUGGAGUCCUGCUUCCCUUACGUCCUGCUCCGAAAUGCCUAUCGGGAGGUGUCCCGGGCCUUCUACCUGCAACGAAUGCAAGCCAAUACCCACUGAUGGGGCCUCUGGAUCUGCCUAAACCCAGGCCCUCCUGGACGCUGUGGCCAUUUUCUCAUGGGGUGGGGUCACUGGGGACAGGGUCGGGAGCCAGAGCGGAUGACAAGCACACAGAGGAACAGUCCAGGCCUGAGAAAUCAUGGGGAAGUGGGGCGGGAGGUGGGGGGAUGGAGGACAGCUUAGAAACAGGGAAUUGGGGCCACGUGGGAAUUCUUCACAAUGAAAAAAAAAAAAGUGACUUAGAAGUCUGUUUUCUCCCCUCUGGUGGCCAGAGCGUGCACUGGGACUGGCAUGGGUCUCUCCGACCUUCAUCACUACUCGGGGCUGACGCUGGCGGCCAGAGAUGAUCUGUCAUCACUUUAAACCGUAAUGAGCUUACACCCCUCCCGCUGGGGCUGCGCUGUCUCCUCCACAUUCAUGAGCCCCCAUCUCCUCUCCUCCUCCCGCCAUGUGCUCAGUGAACGGUCAGCCUGCUCCUACUGUACCGUGGGAGCGACGGAACCCCUCUUUUCUUUCAUGGGGGCUCCAUUUAGGAGUCCCGGGGCCUCUGCCUCCAGCUCUGCGCCCCACAGGGGCAGUGAGGAGGGGCUCUGGAAAGACUGUCACUGGGCCUGGUUCCCCCCACCCGCUCCGUGCUCUCCCAUCCCUGUGGGUUAGGAGGAAGUUCCUUUAUUUCUUUCACCUUGACCUCACCUGCUUUUUCUUUGACAUUACCACAGCCCAGGGACAGUCUAGGUGCAGUUAAAGUGACAUCACAACUAACUGGCCCUGAGUCAUGCUGGUUUCCCUUCCAAGCCAUUUGGGGGUGCUCCCCCUGCUUCCUGGAGGGACUUAUUUAAACCAGAUCCCUUUGUCAUCCUGGGUACCUCUUGCUCCAGGCAGGGAUUUCUCUUCUAGAUCUUAAAUUUCAUAGCGCUCAUUAGGUUAUAAGGCCCUGAAAGUGGGUAUACUUGAGGGAGGUUCAAGCUGUUUCAACUUAGCCCUUUUCUGCACUAAUUAGAAUUUUCAAGUGUCACAAAGCCUGGGGCAUUCAAGAUAGCAGAAAACUGGGUUUAGUCAACUCCGUGGAGGGAACAGUGCCUUCCACCCAUGGCUUCUGUGCACCUACUGCAGGGAGGACCAGAGCAACAGCUCAUCCACGUCACCGGUCCGGAGUGGCUGGCAUGGGCAAAUGUAGUCAGCCGGCUGAUUAAUGAGGGUUAAGGCCGUACUUCCAUAAUGAAAGGGAAGCGAAUUGGAAGGAAGUUGAUUUUCAGCAAAACCAUUUGGCCGACAUUAAAGCUAUGUGAUA